UUUUCACGAGCCGCGCAGACUCAAUUACCAAGUUUCAGUCAAGAUAAGUCUAUGUUGUUAGAUACCCCUCGCGUUCAAUUUGCGAGAUUUAUCCUGCUCAAGGGAGCUGCUGUGCCGCAGCGCUUACGAACUCGAGAACGUAGCCGAGUUCAUUCUCACACAUAGAACGCGGACUAGUUACAUCUGAGCGCUUUUAGUAAAAGCUAUGUUCUCGUGCUUUCCCUCGCGCGCUCCGUUCAAGUGUCAUGAGGAAUUUCCCAUCUGCGCGAAGGUUAUUCAUUAAGUCCAAAACAUGAAAACCGGCUCGCAACCCCAGCAAGAACGUGCGGAGCGCGCAUCACCGUCAACAGUUGAAGCGCAAAGAAAUCAAUCUUCACUUGAUAUUACACAAAGGCUGGAAAGAAAGCUCGCUCAACUGAACAAGUCAGAUAAUGUUCUCAAAAGGUGGAUCUACGAAAUUGUCACAUGGACUGUCAGCGCUUCAUGCAUGGCUGCUAUAAUAAUGAUAUUACUGCGCCUAAACAAUCAAGAAUUCCAGAGUCGCGACACACUUGCUAUCGCCUUUACUGUUCUUUCGAAAAUAGCUUCUGCUGCUCUGCUUCUACCUGUUUCUGAAGCGAUUGGCCAGUUAAAGUGGAAUUGGUUUAAUGGGCAGAAGUCAAAAGAGCUCUGGGAUUUUGAAAUCUUUGAUAAAGCAUCGCGAGGCGUGUGGGGGUCAAUUCUUUUGCUUUUCAGGACAAGAGGCAGGUCGCUUGCAGCUUUAGGGGCUCUCCUCACACUUCUUCUCAUCGCCAACGAUACUUUUUUCCAACAAGUAAUCAACUAUUCAUCUCACUCUACAUUAGCGGGGGAAAGCUUUGUUUCGAGGGUUGUUCAAUACACACCCAAGUCUGCCUUACCGACCCGAGCCGGUCUGUCAUUAACAAUAGAAGACUAUAAUAUCAGGCCACUCCUCGAGAGAUUCCUUUUCGGCAGAGAUUCGCAACCGAUGUCGAUGGGCGAAAGAAUUAAUCCCGAUAUUCCUAUUCUUUGUCCUACGAAUAAUUGCACGUUUCCCCAAUAUAACACACUAGGAGUUUGCAGCCGGUGCGUCGAUGUGUCUGAUCUGCUUCAGUUCAUGUGCAGAGCUGCGCCGGCAGAUUGGGUUGGGAAUUUAACUCGUAACUGGGAAUACCCCAAUCGCACCAUGUGCGGCUAUUUUUUGAAUGCUACCGGGCCAGCUCCAGUUAUGAUGUUUGGAUACAGCUUAAGCGAAGAAGGAUUGCCUGGGGAGGCCCUUUUGGGUCGAAUCUUCCCCCUGUUUACAAUACCCGACAAAAAGGCAAUGUGGGGUGGCUCUAUCCACUUCAAAGGCAUACAAAAUGUCAUACAAGAUGCCAUCGUAGCGACUUACGAAGGAGAUCCCGCGAAUGUGUACCGUAGCCAAACCCCGAUCGCAGAGGAAUGUAUCAUAUGCUGGUGUAUAAAGACGAUGGAAUCAACCUACUUACUCGACAAUUACCGCGAAAAAGUAAUCAAGACAUCCUCAAGUAGCCAGGCCGGCGCCGUGAUACCGUGGGACUCAUAUCCCCUCAACCUAGAUGGAAAGCCUGGUACAUUCACAUCUUAUGCGGAGGAUAUCGCCAUACGUGAUAUUAGUGAUCCAAAGGUUUACGGGAUGGACAACUUGACCCAUAUCAACGUGGAUGCUAUCUUCUGGAACACUUUCCCAUCAUUUCUUACAGCUGAACCAUCAUCGGCGCCGAUACUGAGAUACAGAACCUACCUCGAAGGUCACGCCUAUCUUCGCCAACCAAAGACGCUUGCAUGGCUGCCUCCAAACAACCUGACCGUCUACUUCGAGCGUAUGGGUAUAGCAAUGACCAACGCGAUUAGGUCCUCAGAUUCGCGCGAGAUGAUAAAGGGAUCUGCCCACGCUAUGCAGACCGUUGUCAGUGUCCAAUGGGCAUGGCUCGCAUUUCCAUUUGCUCUGUUAUUUCUCAGCCUGGCCUUUUUGGUAGCAACCAUCAUCAAGACUACAAAGGAGGCUGUGGAUGGGCCAGGCGUGUGGAAAACGUCGGCUAUGCCAACACUGAUUUAUAGUCUUCCGAACGAUAUGCAGAAGCAGUACACAUCUACGAGUGGUAGCGAGACUUCGUUGGAUGGCGCGAAGAGAUUGAAAAUUCGGCUACAUCCCCAGAAAGGAUGGAGGGUGUCGGGUCAACCGAAUUCGCCUAUGGUUGUGAUUAGAUCGAAUCAACCCCCUCCGGGCUGGAUAUAA